AUGGAAGGCUCAAGAAUUUUGACGUACGAUGCGGAUGCACGCAAACAGCGUGUAAUAGCAUCGCGCGAACAACGAAUGCUAAACAUUUUUAUGAUCAUGGCAGCCGGAUUUGCCUUGAUAUCAGAUGGAUACCAGAAUAAUGUGAUGUCGAUGCUCAACAAAGUUUUCCCCAUACAGUACGGCAAACACGUUUACAGCGGGACUGUGGCUACCCGUGUUUCCAACGCUUCGCUUAUCGGGACCAUUUUGGGCCAGGUCGUCAUCGGCGUGGCCUGUGAUUACAUGGGUCGUAAAUGGGCCAUUCUGGUGGCCACCACAUUGCUGGUGGUCGGUUCAGCACUGUGUGCUGCGUCCCACGGAACCACGCUGAACGGCAUGUUUUGGAUGUUGACCGUGAUGCGUGGAGUGACGGGGUUCGGUCUCGGUGCGGAGUACCCCUGCUGUUCUGUGAGCGCCAACGAGGCCGCCAACGAAUACAGCGAAAAAAGAAGAGGCGGAAUAAUGGUCUUGGUCACCAAUCUACCGCUCUCGCUUGGCGGGCCCUUUGCUAACAUCGUUUUCCUCAUCGUGUACUCGAUCUGCGGGCCUCGCCAUCUGCCAGCGCUGUGGAGAACAAUGUUUGCCCUCGGGUGUGCUUGGCCGCUCAGUGUGUUUUAUUUCCGCUGGAAAACCAGCACUAGCACGCUGUACAAGAAGGGUCAGUUCAAAUCUCGCGUACCCCUAUGGCUUGCGGCCAAAUAUAGCUGGAGACCAUUAUUGGGAACCUGUUUUGUGUGGUUCUGCUACGAUUUUGUCGCUUUCAGCAACGGACUGUUCAGUGCCACCAUCAUCGGCUCUGUUAUCAAGGACAGCAGCAACAUCAAGACAAUUGCAGAAUGGAAUUUACUGCUCGGAAUCAUCGCUGUCCCCGGUGUGUUUGUCGGUGCUUAUUUAUGCGACCGUAUUGGACGUAAGUACACUUUGAUGUUCGGAUUUGGUGGGUACUUGGUAUUUGGACUAGUCAUUGGGUGUGCUUGGGAAAAAAUUCACAAGAUCACUGCUCUUUUCGUGGUUUUCUACGGCCUCAUGAACGGUCUGGCCAAUGCCGGACCAGGAGAUAUGUUGGGACUAACGUCAAGCGAAAGUUUCCCUACCGCCAUCAGAGGAACAUGCUACGGGCUUUCUGCCGCCGUGGGUAAAGUCGGUGCCGUUGUGGGUGUGUACUGCUUCAACCCAAUUGAGAAAAAUCUUGGGAUCCGCUGGGUGUUCAUUAUUGCUGCCAUUUGCGGUCUUGCAGGUAUCUUGGCCACUUGGGUUUUGAUUCCACAUUUGAGGGAGAACGACUUGAUGGAAAGAGACAUCAAAUUCCACAAUUAUUUGGUCCGCAACGGCUGGACCGGAACUAUGGGCAUGGACGUGGAUUCCGAUCUCGAAGCCAAAGCUACUUCUUCCCUCAGCGGCGGCGAUUCGUAUGUCAAAGAUACGCUAGAGGUGGUCACCCGUGAGCUUACUACAUAA